GACCCCUCUUCUCCCAUUAUCUGCGUAAGAAACUUCCAUUUUCAGAGCUAUAUAUUCACCAUAUAGUUCCUCUUGGAGAGAUGAAAUUCCUGGUGAGCAUUAGUUUCUGGAAUUAACUUUGUUUGAAAGAGCAUUUGAAAUUGUUGGAGUAGAUUGGAAAGAUAGUCAAAUCUGAAGGUACCCGUGGACUGGAGGAUUGCUUUUGGAGGUAUAUUCUAAAAGGGUUCAUGUUAAUUUAUUUAUCAUUUUUUAAUAUGGAUUGGAAAGCCACGUAACACAAACGAAUACUGGCUUGGUUUGGAUAAAUUUCUUGAUUUUGCAUUUAAGAAUGCGGCUGUGGAAGAUACAAUUAGAUGCCCAUGUCCUAAAUGUGGCUUUGGCAAGUGGCACACUAGAGAGAUAGUGCAGGAUCAUUUGAUUUGCAAGCCAUUCCCUCAAAAUUAUGUUAUUUGGAAUCUUCAUGGUAAGAAACAGGUAGUAGCGCCUUCUGGAGAUAGAGACGUUAUGCAAGAGAUGUUUCACCCAGAAAAUCCAAUAGAAACAAUGCUUAAUGAUGCAUUUGGGUACGAUAGGCACCAAGCGGCUGAUGGAGGGAUAUCUCAACCAUUGGACUCAAAUGAAAUAUCAAAUGAGGCGCAUAGGGAGGAUACUGACGACUUUCAUGAUUUUCUCAAAGAUGGAAGUGAGACACUGCAUGAAGGGAGCAAGUAUACAAAGCUAGAGUUUUUAAUAAAAUUGUAUCAUAUAAAGGUCUAUUGUGGAUUAAGUGACAAGGCUAUGACUAUGAUACUAGAUUUGUUGAGAGAUGCAUUUGAAGAUGCAAAGUUACCGCUUUCCUUUUAUGAGGCCAAAAAAACCAUUAGCAAACUUGGCCUUGACUAUAUCAAGAUACCUGCAUGUCCAAAUAAUUGUAUGUUGUACUGGGAAGGCGAUUCAGAAUUGGAAGUAUGUAAGCAUUGUGGUACAUCUAAAUGGAAUCCUAACAAGAAAAAAAAGCAAGCUGCAAAGGUUUUGCGUUAUUUUCCACUGAAACCAAGGUUGCAACGAUUAUUUAUGUGUGGUAAGACUUCAGAACAUAUGAGAUGGCAUGCUUCAGGCAAUAAUGCUGAUGGGUUGAUGAGGCAUCCAAGGGAUGGUGAAGCAUGGAAGACAUUUGAUCAGACUCAUUCUGGAUUUGCUUCGGAUCCUCGAAACAUUCGCUUGGGCCUUACUAGUGAUGGUUUCAAUCCUUUUGGAACAAUGAGUACUACCUAUAGUAUUUGGCCAGUCUUCUUGAUUCCAUAUAAUCUUCCUCCUUGGAUGUGUAUGAAGCACACCUCCUUCAUCUUAUCAAUGAUUAUUCCAGGCAAGCACAUGCCUGGAAAUAAUAUAGACGUAUACUUACAAUCCCUCGUUAAGGAAUUACGUGAGUUAUGGAAUGAUGGAGUUGAAACGUUUGACUCAUCAUUGAAUGAAAAUUUUAGAAUGCAUGCAGCUCUUAUGUGGACAAUCAGUGACUUUCCGGGAUUAGGUAUCCUAUCUGGCUGGAACACUCAUACUGGUUUUGCCUGCCUAACUUGUAACUUUGACACAGAACUUUGUCGUAUUCGUCAUAGUAAAAAGUGGUGCUUUAUGGGUCAUCGACGUUUUCUGAGAAGAAAUCACAGGUUUAGGUUGAAUCGAGUACGCUUUAAUGGAAGUACAGAGGAGCGGAAUCCACCAUUAAAAUUAUCAGGGUCUGCCAUUUUGAGACAAAUCGAAGAAGGUAGAGGAGCAGGGUUGAAUUGUACAGGGAAAAGAUCUAGACGAGCAACUAAGCAAUGGAACAAGAGAAGUAUAUUCUUUGAACUUCCUUAUUGGAAAUCUAACUUGUUGCGUCAUAAUCUAGACUUUAUGCAUAUUGAAAAAAAUAUAUGUGAUAAUAUCAUAUAUACGUUGCUCCAUGAUAAAUCAAAAUCAAAAGAUAAUAUUAAUGCCCGAAAGGAUCUAAGAGAAAUUGGCAUAAGGCGUGAUCUUUGGCUGGAUGAUAGUGGGAAAUAUCACCUUGCUGUGUUUUCACUUAUGACUGAUAACAAAAAGAAGCUGGACACUAAAAAGUUGUUCAUUACAACUUUGAAGAAUAUUAAAGUACCAGAUGGCUACUCAAGUAACAUUUCUAGCUGUGUUGAUUUGGUACAAAAAAAGAUUUUUGGGUUGAAAAGUCAUGAUUGCCAUAUUAUUUUAGAGCAAUUGCUACCAUUGGUGAUCCGCAAUGUGUUGCCCAACCAUGUAGUUGCAGUUUUGGUGGACUUCUGCUCAUUUUUCAUAGCCCUUUCUAGCAAAACCUUGAAUGUUUCGGAGCUUGAUAAGCUCCAAGAGCGCAUUGAAAGCACACUUUGCCACCUAGAGAUACUAUUUCCUCCAGCAUUCUUUACAGUAAUGGUUCAUUUGUCUGUCCAUCUAGCAGGGGAAGCAAAACUCGGAGGUCCAGUGCAUCAUCGAAACAUGUAUCCCGUUGAGAGGGAAUUAGGCCAUUUUAAGUCCUUUGUACGAAAUAAAGCACAACCAGAGGGUUCUAUAGCUGAGGGUUAUUUAGUUGAAGAGUCUCUUACCUUUUGUUCUCAAUAUAUUGAGGAUAUUGAGACAAGAUUCAAUAGACCUAGGCGUGUUCGUGAUGAACCAAAUGUCACUGAGCCUUCUGGAACAUCCUCUCUAUUUCCUCAAUUUGGUAAACCUGCAUCAGCUUCGAUUACAUUCCCUUUAACUGAUAUGCAGAAACUACAAGCUCAUCGAUAUGUGCUUCUGGAUUGUGCAAUAGUCAUGCCAUUUGUGGACGAAUUGAGACAGUACAUAAGGAGGAGUUCAAGAAGAAGACCUUCACCUACAGAGAUAGAGAGGAGAGUUAAUAAAGAGUUUGUUGAUUGGUUCCAAAAGCGGAUUAUGAAUCCAGACACAAUAGAUACAAUGUCUAUUGAUCUAAAGUUUCUUGCACGAGGUCCAUCAGUAGUUGCAAGAAGUUUUACUGCAUAUAACAUCAAUGGGUCCAAAUUUCGAACUUUGGCUCGAGAAGAAGGUCUGAGAACACAGAAUAGUGGAGUUUUUUUAACCUCUAAAACAUCAUGUGUUGCAAGUAGUAUUGACGGAAAUUUAAGGCAAGUAGAGUUACCAUAUUAUGGAAAGUUAGAAGAUAUUCUUGAGAUUAAUUAUUAUGGUCGAUUCAAGGUUGUUCUUUUCAAAUGUAGAUGGGCCGAUACUGCUCGAGAUAGAGGGUAUAAAAAGGAUCGUUGGAACUUAAAUUGUGUUAAUUUUGAUAGAUUGAUUCAUACCGGUGAACGUGAAGAACAUGAGCCUUACAUCGAAGCAUAUCAAGCACAAAUGGUGUACUAUGUGGAUGUUGUUGUCAAUAAAGGGUGGAGUGUUGCUAUGCAUCUAAAGCCAAGAGAUCUGUAUGAUAUGGGAGAAGAAGUAGUGGAAGAUGAAGUAUAUGAGAAUGAACCAUACCAAGAGCAAGAACUCGAACAGUUUUUUGGUGAUGGUGAUGAGUAUGUACAACUAGCUACGGAUCAUAUAAUUGAUGAUGUAGUAGAGACAAAUGUUGCUACUAACUAGCAGCAGAUACAUACAUGUUUGAAUAGAAAAUUUGUUUAAUAUGUUGCUUUAUCUGAAGGUAAUAGUAUUGCAUAACUAAGUAGUGUUUAUUUUAUUUAUUUGAUGUAUAAGUAUGUUUAAAAAUGGUAUUCAUAUUUGGUUUGAAGGCAUAUUUAAAAGUGAUAAUCAUAUUUUAUUCGUGUUGCUAUGCUCUUAUUUAUAAGCGAAUGCUACCUAAGACGCGAAAUGUAGCUUACCUCUGCCGUAGGAAAGAAAAUACAGUCACAAUUGAGAACUGCUAGCCCUCCUGGAGUUGCAGAUGAUCUUGUAAGCCAGUUUGAAAUUAAAGCAUUUGAUGCAUGUGCAAACCCGUACCUGGGUCUUGCUUCUUUAACUAUGGCUGGGAUUGAUGGCUUGCGAAAAGUUUUAAGUAUUCCAAAACCAGUAGGUAAGUGAAAUAAUCUUUUAGUAUUACCUCUACUAUAUCUUCUAACUAUGUUUUUGCCUUUUAGGUUCUUUUCCUUAUGCUAUAUGGUUAAGCCUGGAACACAUAUUAUAUCUGUUAUGAUGGUUCACUAUGAGAA